AUAUUUCGACUCCGCGCAAGUAUAUAAGCUUGAGCGCGCCGGGGGAGAGAUCACUGCAGUUGCUGGACUCAUUCUUCGAUCCCUCUCCCGCCCGAGCACACGCCCAAGCUACAGCAAAAUGGCCUUCGCCGGUAUCCUGAAGGAUGAAGACAUCGCUGCAGCCCUGCAGGCAUGCCAAGCCGCUGACUCUUUCAACUACAAGACCUUCUUCGCCAAGGUCGGCCUGGCUGGCAGGUCCGCCGACGACGUCAAGAAGGCCUUCGCUGUCCUGGACCAGGACAAGAGCGGCUUCAUUGAGGAGGACGAGCUGAAGCUGUUCCUGCAGAACUUCAAGGCCGACGCCAGAGUCCUGACCGACGCCGAGACCAAGGCCUUCCUGGCCGCCGGGGACUCCGACGGUGACGGCAAGAUCGGAGUGGAUGAGUUCGCAGCUUUGGUGAAGGCAUAAGCAGCAACGACCAACACCUUUUGCGUUGAAGGAACAACAUUGCCCGAGACCUCCCCUGUCAGCCGAACUGGAAAUCAUUUUUAUACCUGUGCUUUCUGAAAAUGCCCGCAGACCUUUUCUCCGCACGCAAUACAUUAUCCAAAAACCGAUCACUGUUACUGUUGCGCGGUUGUUUUUCAUGUCUUAAAUAUGAAUUUUGCUAAAUGUAAAAUCUAUGAUGCACUUUUCGGAAACGUUAAGAAAAGAAUAAACAUUCUUUU